GCAACGUCGUGACUGCCGUUUGCCUCCGCUGCUUCCUUCCCACCUUCCGUUAAAAUGGCUGUUCGCAAGUUGAUCUUGGCUGUUGACCACAGCCCCGCCUCGCACGAGGCUCUCGAGUUUGCCGUCACCAACCUCUACCGCGAGGGUGAUGAGCUCCACUUUGUGCACUGCUUCAAGCCCCUCCAGCCCGCUGUUGGUCCCCACUACUCGUACGUGCCCUCGGAGGAGGAGCAAGCCAACUGGCGUCGUGAGCAAUCCCAUGUCCUUGAGGAGUUUGUCAAGGACGCUCGUGCCAAGAACCCGGGACUGACCUGCCGCGCCAUUCUCAUCAGCGGCGACCCCCGCGAGGAGCUCAUCGCCUACGCCGAGACAGAGUCGGCCAGCAUGAUUGUGGUUGGUAGCCGUGGCCGUGGUGCCCUCAAGCGUGCCAUCCUCGGCUCGGUCUCGACAUAUGUCGUCACCCACUCCAAGAUCCCCGUCGUCGUCUGCCAUGCCAAGGCAUAAGUCGUCUCGACAUAUUUUCUUUUCGGCUGGCUACCCUCUUGCAGUAGCUCAAUCUUCAACGCGCAGUGCGUGUUAACAUAGUCUUGUCGUCUUCCUUUGUUCUCUUUGUAUUUUUUUUACGAGUGGCGCUUGGAUAAACUUAAGCCUCUUUUUUCUUUG